CUAGUGCGCAUGCUCGCGUGAAGUGGGCCACGGUUUAUCGUUUAGCUUAAUGUUUUUAACCCAUUCGUAAAAUAAAUCGCCCUCGCACGGCCGGCGAUCGAAAUUAAACGAAGAUACAGUCUGCGUUGGCAUAACGCGUAACAAACCCGCAUUGAAGGUUGAAGUGUGCGGCGUUUCCAGCCGUCGGGAGGUGCUUCCGUUACGCCUCUCGUGUCAGUAGGCCCGCUGACCCACAUUCGGGAGACCGCUUAAGGAAGUGCGUGCAUGAAAUUCACUUUUGCAUUUCUCACUGCAUCGUAACAUUAUUCACCGCAGCGGUGCUUUGCGAUUCGGUGGCUAAAAGUGGGCUAAGAUCCGUCUAGGCACCCGGGUGGAUGUGGAUGUUUUAUUUCGGAAGGCUCUCAGGUUGGCAUCUCUUCCUCACCAAUGUCUUCCCAAUGCAUCAGAUUUUUUGUUACCCCAGACUGAUCCAUGAGACGGCUUUAUCAUGAGCUCCAGAGACAGAGAUGAUGGCAGUAUUUUCGAUGGGCUGAUGGAGGAAGAUGAGAAGGAUAAGGCAAAACGAGAUUCAAGAAAUAGAUCAGAGAAGAAAAGGCGGGACCAGUUCAAUGUCCUCAUCAAAGAACUUGGCACCAUGUUGCCUGGCAACACUCCCAAGAUGGACAAGUCUACCAUUCUGCAGAAAAGCAUCGAUUACCUGCGCAAGCACAAAGAAAUUGCCGCACAGUCCGAGUCGAGCGAGAUCAAACAGGAUUGGAAGCCACCGUUUCUUAGCAAUGAGGAGUUUACACAGCUGAUGCUGGAGGCACUGGAUGGGUUCUUUAUAGUAAUGCUGACAGAUGGCAACAUCAUUUAUGUCUCAGAAAGCAUCACCUCUCUACUUGAACAUCUGCCUUCAGACCUGGUUGACCAGAACCUUUUAAACGUCCUUCCAUUGGCAGAGCACUCAGAAGUGUACAAAGCACUUGCCUCGCACCCUGAUAUUGCAAACCUCAGCUCUGAUUACCUCAAAAACAAGAACCAGAUGGAGUUUUGUUGUCACAUGCUCAGAGGUUCCUUGGAUCCCAAGAAACCACCCGUGUAUGAAUAUGUCAAGUUUAUUGGCCACUUUAAGUCACUUGCCAACAUGCCUCUCACCACCCGAAACGGCCUCGAGGGAAUUAUACAGCGUACUUUGCAACCAGCCUUUGACGAUCAAGUCUGUUUCAUCGCGACUGUGCGGCUUGCCAAACCCCAGUUCAUCAAAGAGAUGUGCAUGGUCCAGGAGCCCAAUGAAGAAUUCACAUCUCGACACAGUCUGGAGUGGAAGUUUCUUCUAUUAGAUCACAGAGCACCACCGAUCAUUGGUUACAUGCCGUUUGAAGUCCUGGGGACAUCAGGCUACGACUACUAUCAUGUAGACGACCUGCAUUCACUGGCCAAAUGUCACGAGCACUUAAUGCAGUUUGGAAAAGGGAAAUCGUGCUAUUAUCGCUUUUUGACUAAAGGGCAGCAGUGGAUUUGGCUUCAGACUAAUUACUACAUCACCUAUCACCAGUGGAACUCACGACCAGAGUUCAUUGUGUGCACACACACUGUUGUGAGUUACGCUGAAGUGCGAGCGGAGCGGAGGAGAGAGAUGGGUAUAGAAGAUUCACCCCCUGAGCUGAAGGGAGACAAGAAUUCUGGUUCUAAAUCACAGUUGAACACAUCCUCUCUGAAGGAGGUUCUGGAGCGCUUCAGCAACAGCCGAACACCCUCCACAUCCUCACGGAGCUCCUACAAGUCUUCGCACACGGCCGUCUCUGACAACACCUGCACAUCCACUCCUUCUAAGCUACAGAUGGAUGUGAGCACUCCGCCCCGGCCCCCCACUGUUGAUAUGACACCACAGUGCCGUUCCUCUGUCAGCACACAGUCCAUGAGUUCCCAGAACACCACUCAAACUGGCUCUCCUGUCCAGAUCAGCCAACAACCGCAACCACAGCAGCAGGUUCAGCCUAAUGCCUUGUUCUCCGCGCAGUUGAAUGCGAUGCAGCACUUAAAAGAUCAGCUGGAGCAGCGGACACGCAUGAUAGAAGUCAACAUUCAGAAACAGCAGGAAGAACUGAGACAGAUUCACGAGCAGCUACAGAGAGUUCAGGGACAAGGAGCUCCGAUGAUUCUGCAGCAGUCGGGGGGUGGACUCAGCGUGCAGUUGCCGCAAGUCGGUGGAACUCAAACUAGCAUUUUAGGGGUUGGGGCGCAGACUGGUUUUGUAGCUAUACAGGGUCAAAACGUGACAAGCACAGCACACAGUGGGACUGUUCCACAACAACAAGCACUUCCACAGCAGCUGGCUUCACGUUCCCUGCAACCGAAUCUACAGAGCUCCGCGUGUGGUCCGGUAUACAACACCAUGAUGAUAAGCCAGCCAGCUAAUGCCAACGUUGUGCAGAUACCCAGCGGACUGGCACCCAAAAUAAAUCAGGGCAAUGCAAUAAACAGGUUUCCAACGGGGCAGCAGUUGGUCACAAAGAUAGUGGCAGCUCCGAUGGCUUGUGGCGCAGUAAUGGUACCCACGACCAUGUUCAUGGGUCAGGUAGUGACAGCAUACAGCCCGUUUCCACAGCAACAAGGUCAGGCACAAACAAUAGCGCUGCAGACUCAGUCCCCUGCAUCUGUAGAAUUAGCUCAAGCUACCGCACUACAAUCAAGUCAACAGCAGGGGGCAACACAGCAACAGACAAAACAGCAGCAACAACAGUUUUUGCAGGGCACACGCCUUCUCCACGGCAACCAGUCCACACAACUCAUUCUGCAGGCUUUUCCUAUUCAGCAGCAGGGCACAUUUACACCCUCACAACAGCAACAACUGAAACCACAGACUCAAAAACAGCAGAAACCUGCCGCAUCUCAUCAGACCGACAGCACCAGUGCCCAGUCUCAGUAAUGCUGACGAACACACCAGCUAAUCAGAGGGAAGGGCCAGUUGAUGUAAUCUUCCGUCUGCGAAUUAAUUGGUCAGGUGCUAUAUUGAUCGGUAGCUAUUUGAUCUUGCGAUUU